AUGUGGAUGAAGGAGCAGAAGGCAACCAUUUUCAACAUAGAUGACGACGAGUAUGAAGUUUACUGCCGAGAGCCAGUCCUGAUGACGUCAGAUCCUUUGCGUUGGUGGCUGGAAUCCGCUCAACGACGCAGAUUUCCUAAUCUUUCUUUGAUGGCUAUUGACAUUUUGUCGAUUCCGCCCAUGUCUGCUGAGACUGAACGGCUAUUUUCAAAGUCUAAAGCCACAAUUACAGACCAAAGAGGCUCUCUCAACAUUAAAACUGUAAAUCUCUUGGAAUGCUUACGUUCCUGGGACAAAAGCACGCUCAUAGUCCCGUCUGAGUGCUGUUACGCUGGCCUGCCGUUAGCGAGUGACGGAGCCCAUGAGCAAGCUAGCCGAAGAAGUAACGUUGAGAUAUAG